CGUGUCCGACUCCUAGCUGGGGACACAGACCAGAAGAAGAUUACGCGUGAACUGGAUAAGGGACGAUGGCUAGUCUCGGUGUUGGAGGUUGCUUAUUUUUUCUGCUCUGUGGAGUGGCUGCUGGGGAGACCCGGAUCAAAGAGUCAGUGAAAACCGAAAAGCUCCUGGUUAUUACCGUAGCCACAGAUGUUACAGAAGGAUAUCAGCGAUUCUUGCGCACUGCCCGGCACUUUAACUACACUGUUAAGACUUUGGGCCUUGGGCAGGAGUGGAAAGGAGGAGAUGUGGCACGCACUGUGGGUGGAGGUCAGAAGGUCAGAUGGCUGAAAGAAGAACUGAAGAAAUACUCCAAGGAGGAGGACUUGAUCAUCAUGUUUGUAGACAGUUAUGAUGUGAUAUUUGCUGGCAGUCCUAUUGAGCUGCUGUGGAAGUUUCAGCAGUUGGAACACAAGGUGGUCUUUUCUGCUGAGGGCUUCUGCUGGCCAGACUGGUCCCUUGCUGAGAAAUACCCACCUGUUAGCAAUGGGAAGCGUUUCCUUAACUCUGGAGGUUUUAUUGGCUAUGCUUCUCAGCUCUAUAAGAUUGUGCAGCUUUGGAAGUAUAAAGAUGAUGAUGAUGAUCAGCUCUACUACACCAAGGUUUACCUGGACCCAGAGCUAAGGGAGAAAUACAGUAUCACUCUUGAUCACAAGUCAAAGAUUUUCCAGAAUCUAAAUGGAGCUAUUGAUGAGGUGGUCUUAAAGUUUGAAAGAAAUAAAGUGCGUGCUCGGAAUGUGGCUUACGAUACAUUACCUGUAAUUGUACAUGGGAACGGACCCACAAAGCUUCAGUUGAACUACCUGGGGAAUUAUGUACCGAACGCCUGGACCCAUGAAGGCGGCUGUGAGACCUGUGACUUUGAUCUGCUGGACCUGUCUGAGGUGGAGGAUGAUGCCUUGCCCCGUGUCCUUCUGGCAGUCUAUAUUGAACAGCCAACCCCAUUCCUGCCUGAGUUUCUGAACCGAUUGGUGUCCUUAGAUUACCCAAGGAACCGUCUGUCUCUGUACAUCCACAACAGCGAAGUUUAUCAUGAAAAACAUAUCCAGUCUUUUUGGGAGAAACAUAAAGAUGAUUUUUCAAAUAUUAAAAUUGUGGGGCCAGAAGAAGCUUUAACUCAAGGAGAGGCCAGAGAUAUGGGCAUGGACCUUUGUCGUCUUGACAAGACCUGCGAUUAUUACUUCAGUAUUGAUGCUGACGUGGUGAUAACCAACCCAGACAUUUUAUACAUGCUGAUCCAGGAGAAUAAAAAAGUUAUAGCCCCUAUGGUGUCUCGUAGUGGGAAGCUUUGGUCCAACUUCUGGGGGGCUUUGAGCCCAGAGGGUUACUACGCUCGAUCUGAAGACUAUGUGGAUAUAGUUCAAGGAAAAAGAGUUGGAGUCUGGAAUGUGCCGUAUAUCGCUCAUGCUUAUCUCAUCAAGGGUGAGACUAUACGCAAGGAGCUGUCACACAAAAACAUUUUCACUGCGGGCCAAGAUGAUCCGGACAUGUCUUUUUGCAAGAGCGUACGACUCAAGAGCGUGUUUCUGCAUAUCAGCAACAGAGACGAAUUUGGUCGUCUGAUCUCUACUUCCAAAUAUAAUAUUUCUCAUCUACACAGUGACCUGUGGCAGAUCUUUGAGAAUCCUGUGGAUUGGAAAGAGAAAUAUAUCCAUGAAAACUACUCAAAAAUCUUUGAUGAAGAUUAUUUUGAACAGCCAUGCCCAGAUGUGUACUGGUUCCCAAUCUUUAAGGACAUUAUGUGCGAUGAGUUUGUGGAGGAGAUGGAGAAUUUCGGACAGUGGUCAGGAGGCAGAAAUGAGGACCAGCGGUUGGCAGGCGGAUAUGAGAAUGUCCCAACUGUGGACAUUCAUAUGACACAAGUGGGCUAUCAAGAGGAGUGGCUGAAGUUCUUGCAAGAAUAUGUUGCACCUGUCACAGAGAAAAUCUUCCCAGGCUACUACACAAAGGCAAAGGCUGUUCUUAACUUCAUUGUCAGAUACAGACCGGAUGAGCAGCCUUCUCUCCGCCCGCAUCAUGAUUCAUCCACUUUCACUAUCAACGUUGCCCUCAACAGUAAGGGGAUCGACUAUGAGGGAGGUGGCUGCCACUUUAUCCGUUACAAAUGCAAAGUAGAAGCGCCACGCAAAGGCUGGUCCUUCAUCCACCCAGGUCGCCUUACCCACUACCAUGAGGGUCUUCCUACAUCCAGCGGAACUCGCUACAUCAUGGUCUCAUUUGUGGACCCUUGACCAAUAAAUCACCAUAUGGAACUCCCCUCCCCAUAAUAGCAGCACAUUGCAAAGCGGAGAACACGGUUUUUCCAAGUUGCCUGAAUUGCUCGAGAGCUGCGGAAAAAAGACACUGUCAGAUUUUCCCAUUAAUCAUAGAAGAAUCCUGGUCUUUUUUUGUUCUGAAGAGUUUUGUGACUAUCCAUGGAUGAUGCAUUGUGGAAGUAUCCUUGAUGAGCUGCUUUCUUCAUUUUCGCAAUGAAAUCUUCCACUGAGCUUCAUCAUGGGUAGGAAAAUAAGAUCCAUCAUUACCGGCGACUAAACUAUUUGGCACUGUCCUGUUCUGAUGCUACACUAAGAUUUCUAUCCCAUUUAUGCAGCACAAAGUUGGACUAAAGAGCGAUCCGUACUUACUUCAUUAAUUUGUCACUUUACUUUUGUCUUGUUUUACCAAAAUCUAAAGCUUUUGCACAAAAAAUAGUUGUGUUAAGAUAUUUGCACAUCAGCAAACAGAUUAUUUUUCUAAACUUCAGAACAUUUUCUACUUGUGGACUAAGGGGUAAUGGGAGAAAUAUAUAGAAUAUCUUUUGGUGACAUGGGGAGAAUAAAACCAUAGAGGCAUUUCAAUACAGAUAAGAAGGUAGUAUUUACUGAAUAGUUAAAUUAAUUCUAAGAAUUUGUUGCCUUUUGUACAAAGUGCUUUAAAUUAUUUGCUACAGUAACACGUUUUUUAAGAGGAAUUAAAAAAAUCAUCAUGUAUACACUUUUAUAAUGUUCAAUAAAAUGAUUUCUCUGUUA